ACACCGAGCGCCAACACAACUUCCACGCGAAUACUGUGCAUGCGUGCUGGUGUGUGUGUGUGUGUCUACAGCGCGCAGGCCAGAGCCGAGUGUCGUGGAAGCACUUCCAACCAGAAUUUGGAAGUUUUUUUCCAUAUUGAUUAGUUAUAUCGCUUUUGUUGUUUACUCGCCACAUUUUUUUAGCCAGUUAAUUGUGCUGUCCAAAAACGCGGCCACAAAUCGGCAUAAAAAUUCGCUAAAUCUAAUACGAAGAAACGAAAUAAAUCUCAGCAGCUGGCAGCUGGGAGCGUGACCGGAAUCAGGAACUGAGAGCGCCAACAUUGUCAUCGCUAUCCAAUCGAAUCAAAUCCAAUCCCCAACGACGCAACGGAAGAGUCGCGGCCCAGCGCACAAUCCCUCGAUGUCCGCGGGUGUGGGAGGCGGAGGGAGCAUAACCACAGACCACCAUAGCCGUUUGUACUUCCUCAACUCGCCGACGGCGCCGCUCACCGCUCGCGACCCCUUCUUCAUCAAACCGGAGUACCUCAGCUAUGAGAGUCCCAUGCACCAUCUCUACCCCUCGAACCGGGGCCUCAUAGAGUACAACAACUACAGCACAACCGCAGCGGCCGCCGCCGCCGCAGCCUCUGCCACAACCUCGGUCUCCGUAUCCGUCCCUGCCACAGCUGGGAGUGGGAGCGGUGCGGGCACUGCUCCAGGAGCGGGCGCGGGAUCCGGUUCGGGCUCGGCAGGGAACAGCGUUGCUAGCGUUACGGCUGUCCUAAACUUGGAGAAUACCUUCCAGCAGCAGCAGGCGGGCAAUCCCCACCAGCAACAGCAGCAUUCGCAGGAACAGAACGUUGGCGGGCAGCACCAGCAGGCGCCGCAUCCCCUGCACCAUCAUCUCUCCACGGGAGUUGUCGUUGUCGGCGGCCCAAGUGGUGGUGGUGGUGGUGGUGGUGGGAUCCUUGGAGUCGGACUCGGCGUUGGCGGUGCCCAUCAGUCGCAAUCGUCGCGCGCCCAAAAGGCGGCCCGUCGGCGCAGCAACGAAUCGAUCGAGGCGCGUGAGCGCCGCCUGGAACGGAACGCUGCUCGGAUGCGGGACAAGCGCUCAAAGGAGUCGGAGGCGGAGUACCGCCUCCGGUUGGCCAAGAAUGCCGAGGCGAAUCGCGUCCGUCGCCAGAACGAAAACGAAGUACAAAGAACCCUAAGACUGAUGAAGAACGCCGCCAGACAGCGUCUGCGACGGGCAAGCGAGACGUCAGACGAGCGGAAAAAGCGGCUGGCCAAGGCAGCGGAGCGAAUGCGGGUGGCGAGGGCCAGCGCUCCUAAGGUCAUAAAGCCACCGCUAGCGGAUCGGCUAAAGGGCUACUAACACUACACACACAAAGAUCCACACACAGACACACACAUAGGCAGACCGACAGGUCUGGAGAGGAUCAGCUGGGGAAGCAGUGCAUGAGAAGUGGGAUAAGCUGUGUAAAAUCGGUGCAAGCAGUGCGCGGCAAACCUUUGGAGCUGGCUCCAGACAAAAAAAAACAAAGAAAGAUAAGUAGUUGGAAGGAAAGAGGUAGAGAAAUGAUGUGAGCGGAGGCAGUGCUGUAGAAGAUCGUCGGCGUCGUUUUAGACAUCUAUAAAUUAUAUAUAUUGUAUACAUAUGUAUGUAGAGCGAGAGUUAACCAGGAUUAGAAGCGAGACCAGAAACCAGUUAAGAAUCCAAAAGGAAAGUGAGAAAGCAGGAGCCUGACGGCAGGAUCAGAAUAUGGAAUACGACGGUAGCACAUUUAGAUAUAGGGCCGGCAAUUUUUUUUUAAGUUAACAUUUAACAUGAAGUAAAGUAAAAAGUAUAAAGUAAAGCAAAGUAAAGUAUUUUUAUAAUGCAUGCAUUAUAUUCGUACAAUAUAUAAAUACAUAUAUAUAUACAUCCAUACUUAGCUGUGUACACACAUAAACACAAAGCCACACACGCACAUACCCAUACAUACAUAUACAUAAAUGUAUGUUCACGUCACUCAAAAGCUCACAAACUCACUCACACAAGCACGCACAGAAAAUCCAGAAGGGAGCCAGCGGCUUCAACCCCACAAUGUCAGCGACAGCGAGAGAGAUACCAGCUUAUACAUAUGUACAUACAUAUAUGCAUGUGUGAAGGGAAAUUUCGUGUGCAAGCGAGUGAGAUGGGGGCCCAAAGCUACAGAUUAGGGCUCCUCACUGUAACUGUACAUAAAUAUUUGAGAAUGGCAAUCGGGCCAAAGGUGGGCUCAAUAGGCAGGAGGGCAAGGGCAACAAGUGUCCCCACCACAUUAGUGUAAACUCCUAGUCUUCUAUAUUUCUAACAGGAGGUGAGAGACAAAACUAUAUUUCGUUAUUCAGACUGAUAUAUUGAUCUGAUCGAACUGUAAUAAGGUAAAGCAAUACAUGGUGGUUACAAACAUGCCUAUCAAUUUCAGCUGUGUAAGAAUUAUCCUUCAUACGAAUUUGUAACCAUUAACCGACUAGAGGAACACUAGUGGAGUCCCAUCUUUGCAUGCGUUACUUCUCAUUCACUUUGGCACACCGUAACACUCAUGACGCACCCUGGCGCUUAAGAUGCCAACAGAACAGCCAACCCCCAUACAUACUAUGUGUGUGUGGUGUGUAACCCUGUUACCCAAAACGGACAUUGACAGGCACAUAAGGACCGCAUAUGCAUACACACUUGACUGGGGCAAAUGUGGAUACACACAGAUGUACAAACGAUCUGUUGCCAGGCAUUAUGUAUAACGCAAUUUUUGUUAUAGCACGCAAUCCUUCCACAUCAUCCACAAACACGCCCACUCCCACAAUGCAAAAAAGCCCAAGUUCUCAGAAAAAAAAAAAACAAAAAUAAUGUAAGUUUCCUUUAAACUGAAGGAAAUUGCAAUAAUAACAAAUAAAAACAAUGAUACAUUAAUAUUAUAUUAUUAAUAAAGGUAACAAUUAAGCUCUAGUCGAAAUUUCAA